AAAAAGCAGUGUAAAUGGCGCUCUCCGCACAGAACCAGUCGACGUCGUACGUGAACUUAUAUUACUCGAUCGUCCAGCGUGCGGCGACACGCUACUUUAAGGAAUAUUACAACUCCGAUACUGGCGCGCCCUACGUAUUAUACAAGGACAACAUGGAGAGACCCCAGGGGCAAUGGGGCCCCGGGCCGGGAUCUCUCCAGGACGGGGGACUGUACCCGCAGCAACAGCAACAACAGCAACAGCAGGGCUCCUCCUCGUCCGGCAGCCCACAGCAGGCCUGUGGUCCCCCUGUCGAGGGAGAAAGCGGUCCCCCGCCUUCGUUGGCCUCUCCCGUGCCCUCACCGUACCCCUCGGCACCGCCUGAGCCUCAAGCCUUAACCCCACCCGACGACGAUAUACAAUCGAAUCAAGCCACCUCUCAACAGCAGCAGCAACAGCAGCAACAACAACAACAGCAGCAGCAGCAGACGCAACAACAAGUGCAACAGCAGCAGCAGCAGCAGCAGCAACAACAACAACAGCAGCAGCAGCAGCAACAGCAGCAGCAAGUUCAACAGCAGCAGCAGCAACAACAACAGCAGCAGCAACAACAACAACAGACGCAACAGCAGGACCACUCGCCCCAACAACAAUUAACCCCCCACGAGGUGGAUCGCGCGGAUUGUUUCCCCGGGGCGGGAGAGCUGCAGCAGUAUCCGCAGCACUACUUCAAGGAUGCCAGGCCGCAUCCGUCGCCGUCGGUGCCACCGCACAUGCUGACCCCGGGUGGUUUCUCCGCGUUACACUAUCUGAAGCAGCCGGGCGUGAUGCUGACGUCCCUCGGGCAGGGGGACGGUGGACCCAGCCUGGACGCGCACCAAUACGCGAGCCCCGGGGCACCGAACAUGGCGACCGGGUUGCCGGACAUAGUCCAGCAGAGCGGCAAGUCUGGGAAAGGGGCGAACAGCGACCUACGUUUGUUCAAGUGUUUGACGUGCGGGAAAGAUUUUAAGCAGAAGUCGACGUUGUUGCAACACGAGCGGAUCCAUACGGACAGUCGGCCAUACGGGUGUCCAGAGUGCGGGAAGCGGUUCAGGCAACAAUCGCAUCUAACGCAGCACCUGCGCAUACACGCGAACGAGAAGCCGUAUGCUUGCGUGUACUGCGAGCGUACGUUCCGGCAGCGUGCCAUCCUCAACCAGCAUCUGCGCAUCCACUCGGGUGAGAAGCCAUACCAAUGUCCGGAGUGCGGAAAACACUUCCGUCAGAAGGCGAUCCUGAAUCAGCACGUCCGCACACACCAAGACGUGAGUCCGCAUCUAAUCUUCAAGAAUGGGAUGACUCCGACACUCUGGCCCCAGGACGUUCCGUUUCCGCAGGAGGAGGGGAAGGAGGAGGUGGGAUCGACGUUCGGCGACACGGACACGCAGUCGGGCGCGUUCAGCCCGGCGCCGGACGCGAAUUCGAUCCAGUAUCCCGCCUACUUCAAGGACCCGAAGGGCGGGAAUCACGCGGUUUUCGGCGCGGGUGGCACGGGUAGCUUCGGCGCUCUCCAAUACAUCAAGCAACAAGGCGGUAGCAAGAGCUGUUUGCCGGACGUGAUACAGCACGGCCGCUCCGCGGGUAUGCCGUUGUACGUUCGGUGUCCGAUCUGUCAGAAGGAGUUCAAGCAAAAGUCGACGUUGCUGCAGCACGGGUGCAUACACAUCGAGUCGAGACCGUAUCCCUGCCCCGAGUGCGGCAAGAGGUUCAGGCAACAGUCCCACUUGACCCAACACCUUCGCAUCCACACGAACGAAAAGCCGUACGGGUGCGUGUACUGCGGCCGUAAUUUCCGCCAGCGCACCAUCUUGAAUCAACAUUUGCGCAUCCACACGGGGGAGAAGCCGUACAAGUGUCAACAGUGCGGCAAGGAUUUCCGUCAGAAGGCGAUACUGGACCAGCACACGCGCACCCACCAGGGUGAUCGGCCGUUCUGCUGCCCGAUGCCCAACUGCAGGCGGCGUUUCGCAACCGAGCCCGAGGUCAAGAAGCACAUCGACAACCACAUGAAUCCGCACGCGGCCAAGGUGCGCAGGAACUCGAGCAGCGACUCGAAACCGCCUGGCACGCCGGCCGGCCUGGGCCCCGUCCCCGUCCCCAGAGGGUUGACGCCGACCGUGGUCAAGCCGGAGCUCUACUUCCCCCAAUGUUACGCGCCCGCGUUUAAUCACCAACCCCCGGUGUCGACGGCGCAGUUCCCGGCCCAGGCGAACGGGGUGUCCGUCGCCGGCGAAUUCAAACCACCGACCGGCCUGCCGCCGCAGUGACUAACCGUCCAUCCUGCCGCCUACUAGCAAGCAGGAAUACCGCUGAGAUUUCAGCGAUGCUUCGGUCACGCGUUACAGAGCGACGCCGCCGCAGCCGCAGCCGCCGCAGCAGCAGCAGCAGCAGUAACAGCCGCAACGACGUCGUCCAGUGUCGCGACGCACCGAUGCACCCAGCCGAUCCAGCAACACUACCCGUGACAUUUAUCGUGCAUUUACUAGCCUCUUUCUUUUCGUUUCAAGGUUCGCUUCGUUUCCUCGU